AUGAGUGGCGACAACAAGCCUUCCUCCGAGCCGGAGAAGCUCGUGGAGACGCUGCCUCUUCUUCCAGACCUCCUGCCGGGAAAUGAGAAGCGACGCGCCUCGGGUGGCGAUGGUAACGGCAAUGCUGGCAAUGGCUACGGAUGGGCGUAUAAAAAGGCCAAAUCUUGGGCGUCUGAGAACCCUGGUCAGGCGGCAGGCCUCGCCGUCGGUGUUGCUGUCAUAGGCGCUCCCGCCUUGGUCUCGGCUCCUCUGUUAGGCAUGGCGGGUUUUGGAGCACAAGGCAUUGCUGCCGGCUCGGCUGCUGCUGCGGCUCAAGCGGGAAUCGGAAAUGUCGCGGCGGGUGGCCUCUUUGCCACACUCCAGAGCGCCGGGAUGGGCGGAUACGGAGCGGCGGUCGUCAACGGGGUGGUGCAGGCAGGUGGUGGUGUCUCGGCUGUCCAGUCUGGAUAUGGCGCCUUCAAGCAAUGGGCCAGCAGCAAAGAAAAGUCGACGGACGGAUCGGCUUCUGGUCACGCGUCGGCAGACGAGCAGACCCCUCACAAGUCUCGCUUCACCGAAACCGACAACAGUAAGGAUGGCGGCAAGCAGAAUAUCAAGGGAGCCAAGACGGCUGAGCUCUGA